AUGGGUCAUCAAAACGACACCUACUGUACGGACAUAACUCCCAACCAAUCAAACAUAGCGCAGAUAUCAGGGGCACAGACUGUGGCUCCUAUAACUCAGCCUCCAAUGCCAACUCCCGGACCGUCGACCCAAGAGGGAGGGCAGGGAAUAGAUAAUAUAACUGCAAAUCAACAAAUAUCCGGACAAUCACCACAACCGUCCACAUCGACGGCAGUCGAGUCAUAUCAGGGACCACUUGUAUCACAACCUAAUGCCAGAAAUAAUACCCAAAUUCAUCAAAGAGCCGAUUUAGACGAUAAUGCCAUCGAUGAUAUAAUUCAUACAUUUGUCAAUAAAAUGAAUCUUGGACUUAUUACGUCUAAUGGCCACGAUCCAUUAUUAGGCGAUAUAAACGAAAUGAAUGAAGUUGAAAAUAAGGCCAGAUUAAAGGGUAAAACAAUUAGGGAGGAGUUGAAGCAGCCAGGUCGGCUACAAGAAUUUCUGAAUAACACUGGAUGGCAACAGGAUGCUAUUAUGAUAGCCAAUAUGUUCCGUAUGGACGACCCCUGGCCCUAUGGGCCGGACAUUGAAUUAAAAGUAAUAAACGCAUCGAUACUGAGAUCAGGAAAUUCGCGAUACUUUCAGAUGGAUUCCCGGCCCAGAGGUCUGGCCAUACUGUUUGUGACCACUGAUGGUCUGAAGGAUGAGGUGAACCGAUGGAAGUCUAUCUUUAAACAGUUAGACUUCAAGUGUGAGAUAUAUCGGGACGUCACCUGUUCUCAGAUAAGGACUGUAAUAAUGGGUAUGUCGUGUCAGCGGUUUAAUGCCGACGCACUCAUUGUGAUGGUUAUCGGCGGCGGAUUUGAUCAGAAGAUCUACGGUUACGGCAAUCGCGGCGUCGAUAAUGAGAUGUCGUUCACAGAAAUUGUGGACAUAUUCUCCGCUAAUAAUCCUAAGAACGCUAAAACGACUGGCAGAUGAACACGGUGAAAAUAAUCAUCCACAAAUAAUCCUAAACUCGCUAGACAUGACACGAGAUAUAUAUUUCAAUCCUGGUCUUUAAAAUACAACAAAAUUCGCUACAUAAAAGUGCC